GGUCUGGCAGUGUAGAUCUAAACACAGAAUGGAACGCAUAUAUGUACCAGCGCUCGUCCUCUACGGCUUCUAUCUGACCCGUGUUGUGUGUGUCUCUCCUCCACCCUUAAUGGUGGUACAUUCAGGAGAAAAUGUCACCCUGCAAUGCAUCAAUGUCCUUAAAACACCCGGACAUGUUGGCUGGUUCAAGCAAGUCAACGGCUCAGAGCCGCUGUGCAUCACGUCUAUGUGGAGCUCCGUGCCAACUGUUCAUCAUCAAAAUGGAUUUCAGGGCAAGAGUAUUAAAAUGUUCAUGACCAACAUAACUAUCUUUCUCACAAUCACAGAGGUGGAAGUAGCUGAUUCUGGUCUGUACUUCUGUGGAAUGUCGGAUACCUGUUUCAUCUUCGCCAACGCGACUGUCCUGAAGGUCCAAGGUCACAAAGAUUAUGACAAGGACUCUACAGAGCUCAAUGGAGAAGAGGAAGAUGGAACCAUGAACCUCUUCCUGCUGGUUGUAAUCCUGGCUGUUGUAACUGCUGUUCUAUUGAUAAUCAUCCUCAUCCUGGUCCUCAAGGUCAGACGAGAUGCAAACAGACUAAACACAGGACCUGACUCGCAACAACUACAAAAUGAUCAGAACCAAGAUCCUGAUGCACUGAAUUAUGCUGCCCUGAAUUUCACCUCCAAGAAAAAGGAGAGAAGAGGAGAGAAGGAGCUGGACACCCAUGUAGUGUAUGCUGCUACAAGAUGACAAAGUGGAGGAUGGAG